AUUACAAAUGGGAAAUAAAACUUUUUGAUGAGCCUCUAGGACGGAAGAACAAGGUGGUAAUGCUCAUUCGCAAUCAUUACAUCAAGUUAUUGAAGACACUAGGAAAGGUACAGAAUGCAAUAGUGGUCGGAAUGAAAACGAGAGCAAUGCACAUAAGAUGAACCAAAAGAAAAGGACGAAGAAAUUAUCCACGACCACAAUAAAAACUACUCCAUCUUUGAAAGACAAGAAGAAGAGCAUUAAAAGAAAGCGCAAGUGUAAAGCAAAGAAAUCUUCCUUACAUCAAACAAUAAUUUAAACCCUCUAAUUUUCACUGAAGCUUAUUUCAAUAUCUAUUUUAGCCCAUAAAUGUUCCUUCAAGCUUAAAACCUAAUGAUCAGAUAUCUGCCAGCAAAAGCCAGACCAUUCCUUCGUCCAUAGCGUUCCAGUCUUGUUCCUCGAUAGGUCUGAACAGUCCUGAUGAUGUUACGAAGCAAUUUCUAUUUGAAAUGAAGAGUGCUAAAAGAAGAGCUAGUCUAAAUUUAGUUUCUCCCAAAAGUCGAGUCAAGAUUAGGAGCUUCAGUAAGAAUGUUGGUCAAGUAGGACUCCAAAAUUAUUUUAAAUAUUGACAUUCUUUAAGAGAAGAAUCGCAUCGAUAAGAAUAUUAUAAUUGAUUAUAAACUAUAGCCUACUGAAUUUUCAAAAUAUUACUAAAUAGUACCUCAGCAAUUGAAUAAUAAUAAAUGGGCUAAUAUCUAAACCUUG